GAGACAAGCCCCGCUAAAGUGAGCCACAUAUAUAAAUCAAAGAAAGGCUUGGUUAUUUGCUGAUACUAACAAAAUGUAUUUGGUCACACUGGUUGUUGGGGUAUUGCUUCUUUCAAAUGAUCUAUUAUCAGCCAAUGCCCUGAAAUGUUUCGAGUGUGUACCAGGAACCUCUGAAACCUGCAUUGACACAGCAAAGGAAUGUCCCUCACCAAAUAAUCUAUGUGCAGCAAUGAGAUUGGUAACAUAUGCAGGUGCCUCUAAGGACAAAGAGAUCAAAGCCAAAAUGUGUGCUCUGCGUGGAGAUUGCAUUAGAGGCUCAGUCAACUUUGGAUCUGAUAAAACUGUGAUAGUGAGUGAAUGCUGCUCCUCAGAGCUUUGCAACAUCCAGCAUGCAUCUGAGCCCAACUUUGUUCCAAAUGGAAAAAAGUGCUUCAGCUGUGAAGGAAAUCAGUGCAUGAAAACUCUAAACUGUGAUGGAGAUCAGGACUACUGCAUCAAAUCAACAAUAAAUGUAGGAGGGGAAGUCCAGACCCUGAAAGGCUGUGCCUCCAAGAUUAUGUGCUCAGAAAAUCCCUCUGUGCUCUUUCAAAAUUAUAUUGGAUUGGGAAGCAGCUGCUGCCAGGGUGACUACUGCAAUAGCGCCAGCAGUGCAAGUGCCGGCCUGCUCCUUUUGCCCACAUCACUGUUAUUUUUAGUCUUGUUUACAUAGUUAAUGGAUGAACACA